UAUUUUCUCCCUCGCUCUCUCUCUCUCUCGCGCACUUUUUUUCGUCCAUCUGCGGACCGAUUCAUUUCGUCGCUUCCGUCCCCUCCCCCGACAUGAAGUAAUGAAAAUCCUUUUCGCCAAGACGAUUCCCGGUCCUUUUUAUCCGCUAUGAAGACCUAGUUGGAUCUGAGAUUGAUUAGUUCUUCUCUCACUGAGGAAGUGGAAGGAGCAUAAUUGUCAUUCGAACAAAAUGGAAGACACGGUGAAACAGCAAGCGACGGAUCCUUUUGAGGUUGCAUUUGCUGAUCAGGAUUCACCACCAGAAUCUCCUAUACGUGAGGCUCCAGCAACCAACACUCAUGAUCAAAGAACUGCUGCAGAAAACAACCGUGUCGUAGAAAAAAACAAAGAAGAAGAGGAAGAGGAGGAGGAAGAAAAUGUGGACUCUGAAUUAGGAAAGUUCCAGACUGGAGAUCCUGACAAAACGGCUAAAAUGCAGGCAAUUUUAUCACAAUUUACGGAGGAACAAAUGAGUCGAUAUGAAUCCUUCCGAAGAUCUGGUUUUCAAAAAGCUACCAUGCGGAGGUUGCUGAUGAGCAUAGCUGGGUGUCCUAUAUCUAUGCCAAUGACAAUUGUCAUGUCUGGAAUUGCGAAGAUGUUUGUUGGUGAGCUUGUAGAAACAGGUAGAAUAGUAAUGAACGAGCGCAAGGAAAAUGGUCCAAUCAGGCCAUGCCAUAUCAGAGAAGCAUAUAGGAGACUCAAGUCAGAAGGAAAGAUUCCUCGUCGAUCCCGGCAACGCCUGUUUCCAUGACUUCCCAAUUUUGCAAUAAGAAUGAACUAUUUGUACCUCUGAAGAAAUUAGGGUAACCAAAUGUUUGAGGACCAUCUAUCUCAACAUGGGUAGUGCUCGAUUUUUAUGA